ACUGGAGUACCAAAUUGUACGAUGAUUAAAUUGCCAAAAACAAGCCAGAGUUAGCCGUCGAAACCAACAUUGGCUUGUUGAAAUGGAAGCUUGCUUGACCAGGUGCUGUAAUGGAAAUGCUUUUCUCAGAGCUCUAAAACCUCUCAAUUUGAGAAUCUCAAAUCCUCCGUGCCGCUGCUAUUCCAUGCCCAUCCUUUCCGGAGGAACAAAGUCCCUUGUAAAGGCAUAUGAUGCUUUAUUGUUGGAUGCUGGAGGAACCCUUUUGCAAUUGGUAAAGCCCGUUGACGAAACCUAUGCUUCUAUUGGCACCAAAUAUGGUUUGACUGCAACUUCAGUCGAAAUAAAGAAGGGAUUUAAAAGAGCUUUUGCUGCCCCAUGGCCUGAAAAGCUACGUUACCAGGGAGAUGGGAGGCCAUUUUGGAAGCUUGUUGUUUCUGAAGCCACUGGUUGCACUAAUGAUGAUUAUUUUGAAGAAGUCUAUAAGUACUAUGCAAAUGGCGAUGCAUGGCGCCUUCCAGAUGGGGCUUAUGAAACAUUAUUCUUACUCAAAGAUAAUGGAGUUAAGCUGGCUGUUGUAUCCAAUUUUGACACCCGCUUAAGGAAGCUAUUAGAGGACCUAAAUGUUAUAGAUUUGUUUGAUGCUUUAAUCAUAUCUUCAGAAGUUGGGUAUGAAAAACCAGAUCCAAAUAUAUUUAAAGCUGCUUUAGAUCAAGUAAAUGUGGAAGCUAGCAAGGCAGUACAUGUUGGAGAUGAUCUCAAGGCAGAUAAGGAUGGAGCCAAUGCAAUUGGGAUUGAUUGCUGGUUAUGGGGAGAAGAUGUCAAGACAUUCACAGAUAUACAAAAUCGCAUCCUUGCCAUUGUAUGAUAGCUCCUACGUGAUUAGGUGCCAACAGUUCUUAGUGACAUUCUAGGAUAUAUUUCGGGUAGCAUGUAUGAUUGAAGUUGUAAGAGUUGAGAUCUCUUUAAGAAUUUUUUAUAGCAUUGAUUAAAUAUAAAUAAAUAAAUGAACUGUGGGAGAGACCCCUCGAAAGAUUGGCAUAUUGGAGAUGCAUCCCAAAGAGAAGGGGGAAACAGUUGAGCUGUGAUAAAAAUUUCCCGUUAAUUCUUGUUGCUGUAUUAUGAAUUACUGGAUUUUUGUUCGGAUGUCACUGGCAAUAACAUUGUCAAUGAACCUGCUCGAAAUUCGCAUUC